AUGGAGGUUCGUGAAUGGCAGAAUGCCGCUCAGGAAUACCAUACCGACCUCCCGACCUCUGGUGCUCUGCUUCUGCUGCCUAUGUUCGAGCAGAGAUAUGUCGCAUCCCCUGAAGAUGUCAAAGUCGCCAUGCAAUUGGCUCAAGUCGAGUGCGUCCAAAGCGGCUCUGAUUAG